CACCCCACAUCACAACACAAGUACACAACGCAAGAAAAGUCGAUCGAAUCCAACUCCAACCUUGGGUUUUGCUUGCACACGUCGACGACACCAGCUCCUGGUCUCCGAGUCCGAGAGCAGAGGCGGCGGCGGCUGUCUGGACCUCUGGUCAACCCAGCUUCGCUUCAUGGCCAUGGAGGUCCAGGGCACCAGGCGGCCGCCGCAGGACGCCGGCGUGAAGGUCAAGUUCAUCGAGACGCAGUUCAUCAGCUCCGACGCCGCCAGCUUCAAGGCCGUCGUGCAGCGCCUCACCGGCAAGUCCCCCGCCCCCGCCUCGUCGCAGACGGCGGCUCAUCAGGCGCCGGCGGCACCGCACCCGCAAAGGCCGCGCCCGUGCCGGCCGGCCUUCGUUGGCGCCGGGCAGCAGCAGCAGCAGGCUGCCGGGUGGACGAUGGAUCAACAGGCUACUGCCGGCUACCUGGCGAUGAUGCCGGCGCCGAAGCAAGAGCCGCUCGCGGCGGCGUCGAGGCUGGAGGACAUGAACGAGCUCUGCGACUUCGCAGACCUGUUCUACACCACCACCGCCGCGAGCGCGCGCCGCGACGUCGGCGGCAGCGCCUUCCCUUACUGAAACGACGGAGUGUGGUGUGUGCGUUGCGUUCGCCUUGAUGCAUGUUUGUUUUGAGAAUGAGUCACAACUCACAAGCGCGGAUGCUUGCAGUUGCAGUUUGCCAUUGCCAAUUUGCCAUGUCACAGUCGCAGUGAGUUUUGGGCACAUUAAUGAUCCAGGAGUGCAAGGAGAGAUGGAUUGUCUGUCAACCGCUGUACUGUUAAGCUAUAUAUGUCAUGCAGCUCCCAUACUGUAUUGUUAAUUCAAGAGUUGUGAAAUGCUGGCAUGUCAAAUUUGUAAUGUGCUAAAAACAGACCAUAUGGUGCAAUAUGCAUGCAUAGAUUUUUUUUCCGUACA